GUAUAGAAGGUGUUGGGGCGCGGCGCUCCUCUUACCGCUGCAAUGGCACCGGACGUAUCACAUCACUGGGAAGAAUUUUACUUGGGUUCCCGGAGAUUCCAAUUCAUUGCCGACAACUUCGGGAUGCCCAUUGACCAGGCCUUGCAGGAUCUAGUAUAUGCUUCUUCUGUGGGGCCUUCUUCUAAAUACCUUCUAAGCUUGUCAAUUUUAUCUUGGGUCAGGUGAUGGCUCUAGUACUCGCCUAUAUUUUCCGCGUGUACUGUCACCCCUCCCGCGUCUCUGCCACAACACGUCACUGGGGCUCCCUGGUCGCCGGGCUGGGCAUCUCCUACUUCUGCUUUGGAAGGCAGGUGUUGUUGGCACUGCUGCUGGUGGUGGGAUGCUAUGUGCUGAUGCUGUUGCUUCCCAUCACCCUCAUCCAUCACAUGUCUUUGGCAGCUUCCCUCACGUUCUUAUCCACCAUGCAUAUACAAAGGCAGAUAUAUGAAGAUGGAGCCUUUGUCAUUGACGUCACAGGUCCAAUGAUGAUCAUUGUGCAGAAGGCAACUGCUCUGGCCUACAGCCUUCAUGAUGGAUUGUCAGGGCUGAAGGAUGAGCAGCUCACCCCAUUGCAGCGUGAACUAGUCCUCAGGAAGAAGCCAAGUGCAUUAGAGUACUUCAGCUACAUGCUCAACUUCCACUCGGUGCUGGCUGGCCCAUUCUUCAUGUUUGCAGACUAUCAAGACUUCAUUGAAGGCACUCACUAUGCAAAGCGUGCUCUUGACACCACUGCUGCCACGACUUCACUAGACAGCAACAGGAACAAGAGUCCUACAGACCUGAAAACAAUGGAUGCUCAAAAGACAGCUUCCAGGCCUGAAGAUGAACCUGACCCAACCAGAGUGUCCCUCUACAAGGCUGGCCUGUCUCUCAUCUGUGCUGUUGUCACUGUCUGUAUCUUGCCAAACUUCCCAAUAUCCUUCCUCACACAACCUGGCUAUUUUAAGUCUUCAUAUCUCUACAAGGGCAUGUACAUAGUGGCCGUGACGUCAUUCACUCGUCACGUGUACUACACCGCCUGGCUCGUCGGCGACGGGAUCUGCAACAUGUCGGGCAUGGGUUUCAACGGCUACAACAAGGACGGUUCUGCCAAGUGGGAUUUAGUCUCCAAUGUAGAUGUAGUGGGUGUGGAGACUGGGCUGAGCCUGAGAGACACCCUCGAAGCAUGGAACAGUGGAACAAUGAAGUGGCUGCGCUUCAUGGUGUACGAACGUGCCGGGGCACAGAAGACGCUGUUCACGUACAUGCUCUCCUCUAUGUGGCAUGGCUUUUACCCUGGAUAUUAUAUCACGUUUGUCAGUGGAGCUUUCUUCACUAUUGCUGCAAGAUAUGUGCGGCGAUCUGUUCGUCCGAGGGUGAUGAGCCACGGGCCAGUAGUGAAGUUGGCUUACGAUGCUGUGACCUGCAUCACCACACGCUUGUGUCUUGCCUUUUUCACUUUCCCAUUCAUUCUACUGAGAUUCUGGAGCAGUAUUGCUGUCUACAGAGAUAUCUACUUUAUCCCAGCCGUCUUGGGGGUACUUGUGAUAGUACUGCUACCAAUAGUCCUCCCUCCACCGUCACGAUCCUCAUCCUCCGCAAAAUCUUCUGCGGAGAAAUUGAAGCCAUCCGUCAAGUUGGAGGACGCGGGGGUGAAUGUUACAAAUGGUCUUGAAGGUGGUGCCACCAAGCUCCUCAAGGUCCAAUAAGUGCCAUGAACUGUGGUAACUCACUGUAUGUCAUGUUCUGCAUUCUCUUCAAGUUGCCAUUCAUUGUUCAGUGGUUGGUCACUGUUCACAUAAGUUCUCUUUCCUAAAUGUGUAACUUUGUUCGUGUUACCUAAGAGAAAGAAGAUGACGAUAAAAUUAGGUAAUUAUGACAAAUUAGUAUAUAGUUUAAGUGUAGGUAAUUAAGGUUUGUAAGUUUUUGUUUGUAUUUUGCGCCUUCUGCUGUCGUUACAUGGCAGGUUAGCCCAUGAUGCACAGUCUCCCUUCUCUGCAGGUUGCCCCAGAUUCCUUCAUCAACACACUUGUGCGUUUCAGUUAUUAUCAACAUGAAUCUUGGUGUGACUGACACAGGUGUUUCAUGCAUUAGUGUACCUCAUUGUGUGAUCUCCCUGGUGAAUUAUCAACAUUAUUACACACUGUUUGAUUAAGCUAUCCAGUUUAUUGUGUCCUUGUUCUCUUCUGCAAGUGAACUUCAGCAUCGUUGUAACAUCGAAAAUGUAUAAUCACAAUAAGUGUAAUCACGAAGUUGUUUCCUUCAGCGAGUCAGUCGGUCUGGAUUGGUGUUGACAUAAUUGGCCGAUGAACUUAACAGAACUAGUAAAGUAUUAUAUUUAUCCAAGAUACAAUCUGGAACUUUGUUUUGUUUCAUUCUCUGUCUUGUCAACUGUUUUCCUCUGUCCCGCUGAAGACGUCUCGUUGGCACCAAGGAACCGGUGGUAUGAUGGGGAGUCGUACGUGUUGAUCACUCCGUAUGAAUAAUCAAUCGUCAUAGAAUUCAGACUCAUUGGUGAUCAUUAUUUACAAUCAAUAGUGUUUUUUAUUUUUAAAUCUAUAUCUUACCUUCCUGACUAAAUUCCUCAGUGUGUUUGAGAUUUAUGCUAAUUAAGAGUGCCAGUGUGAGCAAAGCCUUUAACCUUAUGAAACUCUUGUAUCUGUCUGUCUCGGUCUCAUGAGAUUGUAACUGCUCAGAAUUUGGCCUUCAGAAAUUCUAAUAAUCAUAUCUAAAUCCUUGUAAGAUUAGGUUUUUGGUCAGUUUUGGGGUUGGAGAGUAUUUCUGGUAUAUUAUGGACCAAAUCAGUCUUUAAAAUGCAAGUUUAAUAUGUAGGAAAGUUGGCAAAGCUCACAUGUUUUACCAAAUUUGUAGUGUGUAGUGAAUAAUGCGAAUUUAUUAUUUUUAAGGAUUCACUGAACCUUGGCUUGAGUGAAUCUAUGCUCUUACAAAGUUUUGACCUUACUUACCCGGUAUAUGAAAUAAUGAGUCAAUAUUCACAAAUAUACUUCCUGUAUAAAAUAUAUACUGUACCAAUUAGAAGAAUACAGUAUAUUGUGUUAUAAGCACAAGUUCUGGAAGAUGGAAGGCUUCAUGCAAAUUGCAGUGAUUUAAUUUUUAAUAGUUAUAGUAAUCAU